CCACGCCUCUCGCUCUCUCGCAACCCAAAUCAGCGUCUCCCUUGUAUCAUAGACCCCUUUGCUUCUGUUCUUCGGCGCGACCGCAUAACAUCUUGGACUUUCGGCCUUUUUGCCUCGAUCUUUCGCAAUGUCCUUCCUCGGCGGCGCGGAGUGCUCAACCGCGGGCAACCCCCUCAGCCAGUUCACAAAACACGUCCAGGAUGACAAGUCGCUACAGAGAGACCGUCUGGUCGGGAGAGGGCCAGGCGGCAUGCAAGAGAGCAUGCGGAGCCAGCAAAUGGGUGGCGGAUCGGACGGUAUGAUGAACGAAUUCAUGCAGCAACCCGCGCAACUUCCUCAAGGGCCCGGCCCUGCGUCUCCAUUCGCCAUGGAGCAGAUGCGGAGAGAGCUGGAACGAGCACAACACAGCGGAUCGCCAGGCUGGGCAGCAGAAUUUGACCCGGCCAUGGAAGCACCAGCAGCCAUGGGUCCAGGAAUGCAAGAGAGACCAGCAGGCUUCAACCCCGCCGAGUUCGCCAAAUUCCAGCAGAUGAACCCAACAGCACGGACAGCGAGCCCAACCGUCAGCUCCCCGCCUUCGAUGAUGGGAUACCAACGACCAAUGGGCUAUGGCAUGGGCAUGGGUGGAAUGGGCAUGGGAAUGAACAUGGGCAUGAUGCACCAGCCGUAUGCUCCGCAGAACUUCCAGCAGCCUAUGCAGGACUCUGGCAAAGGAAAGGGCCGCAUGGUCGUGCUCGAUGAUCAGGACUGGGAAGCGCAGUUUGCGGAGCUGGAGAAGACAGAUCAAGAUACACUGGAUGAAGAGGCAAACAAGCGCAUAGAGGCAGAGCUGAAUGAAAUGGACAGGCAACUCGCCAACGAGGAGAACUUUGUCGACGGGAUGCACAUGGGCGAUCUGGACCAGUGGGAGGGCUUCGACGGGCUGAACACACAUUCGGUGCGCGAUCCGCCCAUGGGCGACUAUCUGUUCGAACAGAACAACGUCUUUCAGGACAUUACGAAUCCGUUUGAAGAGGGUAUCAAGAUUAUGGAAGAGGGGGGCAAUCUUUCAUUAGCGGCCCUUGCUUUUGAGGCUGCGGUCCAGAAAGACCCGCAGCAUAUUGCGGCAUGGGUGAAGCUCGGAGAGUCGCAAGCACAGAACGAGAAGGAAACACCGGCUAUUCGAGCUUUGGAACAGGCAUUGAAACUGGAUCCGUCAAAUCUGGAGGCUCUCAUGGGCCUAGCAGUGUCAUACACCAACGAAGGCUACGAAAGUACCGCAUACCGGACGCUAGAACGAUGGCUAGCCACGAAAUACCCGACCCUCAUCAAAGAGCCUCUGUCUUCAGAUGCCGAAAUGGGCUUCACAGAUCGACAUCUUCUUCACGAGAAGGUCACUAACCUCUUCAUCCAAGCCGCUCAGCUCUCACCGUCAGGCGAGCAGAUGGACCCUGACGUCCAAGUCGGAUUGGGUGUGCUUUUCUAUGGUGUAGAAGAGUACGACAAGGCGGUCGACUGCUUCGGUGCCGCGCUUGCCUCAACAGAAUCCGGAACUACAAAUUCGUCAUCACUAAUGCAUUUGCUAUGGAAUCGCCUUGGUGCGACUCUGGCCAACUCUGGACGGAGCGAAGAAGCCAUUGACGCUUACUCUCGCGCACUUUCCUUCCGACCUAACUUCGUCCGCGCACGCUACAACCUUGGCGUAUCCUGCAUAAACAUUGGCUGCUUCACCGAAGCCGCACAACACCUCCUCGGCGCGCUCGCCAUGCACAAAGUAGUCGAGCGAGAAGGGAAAGAACGAGCACGGGAGGUUGUUGGCGACGGCGUGUCCGAGAGCCAACUCGAUAACAUGAUCCACCAGAAUCAGAGCACUAAUCUGUACGAUACGCUUCGGAGGGUCUUCGGCCAGAUGGGCAGGAGGGAUCUUGCGGACAUGGUUGGGCCGGGUAUUGACGUAGAAAGAUUUCGAGGCGAGUUUGAUUUUUGAAGCGGAUGGCAGAAAAGAGGAGAUUUACGACGACUGGGUAAUGGAGAGGAAAGUGAAGAUCAGAGAGACUUGGGACGAUGAGGAAGAACUGGGUGAUAGCUGCUGCUUCGGCACUAAGACCGUGGAAGUUGGCAUGGAUUGCAUAUGGAAAUUACAUGGCGGCGUUUAGGUGGGAGGCCGUGCCUAGACAUGGCGAAUGUCAACGAAUGUGCUAACGAAUGUGCUCGCAGAGCAAAAGCUCUCAACUAAAUAUCCUUGCCGAAUACCCCGCGCUUCAGUCACCCCACUCUCAUUCCCAUCCUAAGUUAGUUCAACUAUUCCUUCGGUCAUUUGGCAAGA